AUGGCCUCUCAGUCUCAACUUGCUGAAGUAUCUUCCGCUUUUGAGAGAAUGUUGAGACGUAGAGAUCUUUCUUUGUUUUUGCCCCUCAUCUUGGGCGUUACCGGCACCAACCCAGAUCAAGAAAGAAUAAUCCUUAUUAACCCUUUCACUCAAGGGAUGGUGAUGAUUGAAGGAGCUGGGGACUUGGGUUCUCUUCUUAGAGAGUUAGCUACCAAGAAUGGUCAACCUCCUGCCUCAAAGGCAUUCAUAGAGGCCUUGCCUAGUGUAGAGAUUUCAGAAAUUGGUGAUCAUGAUUGUGAGUGUGUGAUCUGUUUAAAGGAGUGGGAGCUUGGUGGGUUGGCCAAGGAGAUGCUCUGUAACCAUAGGUUUCAUGCUCAUUGUAUAAAGAAGUGGUUGGGGAUUCAUGGGUCGUGCCCUGUUUGCAGGUAUAAGAUGCCUGUUGAUGAGGUGGAUUUAGGCAAACAGAGGGAGGAAGAAGAAGAAGAAGAAGAAGAAAAAGAAGGGAGAGAGAGGAGAAGAUUUCAAAGAGAAAUUUGGGUCGGUUUUUCUUUCAACAAUAAUAGGAGAAGUGAGGAAUCAAUGGCUUUUUGCAAAAUAAAAUUAAAAAAAAAUAAAGUUAUAAAAUGCGGUAGAGAUGCGUUGAACGUAAAUUAUAAUUUCUUUUAA